AUGUACCGUUCAGAAGAACCAGUGUCACGAAUCGGCUUCAGUUGCGCUACUAUCCAGCGCAUAUGUGCAGGACGGAACCAUUGGGUGGAGGAAAACCCGACUGGCUACGGACUUGCCGGUCAAUCAGCCAGCAUCCGAAAAUUUCUCCUGCCGAUGAUCCCACCGCUUGUUUCUCGCCAGCCUAUUAAGUUACAGGCUGCCGCUAGCGUGCUCCACUCCAGCGACUACUGGACGUUCUCGGAUUUCAGUGGGGAUGCGAACAUGGGCGGCGGGCACCUUCGAGAAAUUCGAUGUCACGAUUCCAAGGAACGAGCGGCCAGCUGCGGCCAGUUUCCUGCUCUCGUCGCUUCUUGCAUCCCCCGCAUCGAAUUCCUGUCCGCUCUGGAAAACACAUAA